AUGCUAAUACUUAAAAAUGUAGUGUAUGGUAGGGAUACUAUUCUGCGGGCUCCUGCUCGAAUCUCUAUGUUGCGCCUGCCCGCCCUCUGCAGUGUGCCUAUUCCAGAGUGCGUUGCUCGCUCUCCAACUGGAGCCGUAUCGGCUGGCUGCAAGCAAGUUGCACAGUCCCUUGGAAGCUUGAAAAGAUUUGCACAGACACUGCCAUAUAUACUUCAUGCACCUGCUAACGUAGAUAAUGAUCCCAUCAGCACCCUUCUAUUGAAUGCACAAAUUCUUCAACCGUGCACUCAAGCGUUACAGCAACCUCCACCUCGCGUUGAGGUAUCCCUUCAAGACUCGUCUUUACAUAUAAGCUAUCGACCAGCCUGGUUUCAGACUUCCGACGUAUCAAUUGCUGUCCUUAGCGAGACAGAAUACGACACCCCUACCUUCAGGUUCACUUCCGAAGAGAAUAAGGUCUGCGGUCCAAAGGCUCUCGCUCAACGCUUAGAAGAUGCUAUCGACUCUGUACGUGACAUGCUCGUGUCUUCACAAUGGAGUCAGACCUUGAUUGCUAGUCAACUCACGGUGAUUUUCCAAGACCUUAUAUCUUUGCGGAAAGAGAUAGUCCAGCAUCGUCCUUCAACAUUAUCACAAACACAGUGGAAACCCCUUCUUGAUCCUCACCAGCAGGACGAAAAGGAUGUGUUUGAUGGACUUAACAUAUCGUUGCAAGCCAAAAUUGUAUCUAUAGAUCUUUUACAUCUUUCUGUUUCUAUGGAGCUAUACGUACAGCUCAGGCAACAGGAGGCUGCGGCGAAUCAGCCACUCUUACCAACCUUUACGACAAGGGAGGCCGAGUCUCUGCUACUUCAGUACACCGAUUCCCUUGUGCUCAUCUUUGGUGACACUGAGAAUGCUGUCUGCCCCCCUGACGAACAGUCAGCCCUAUUGGAGAUUGCCGUUAAGUCUCUUCAAAUGUUUUAUUCCAGUGCCUGUCAGGUAAUCCUGGGAACCCGUUCUUUGGACGUUUUAUAUGAGCGUUACUUCAUCGCAGAUAUCAGCUGUGACUUACUGAAUCGUCAGCUUCACCUUUUGCUAGAUAUUCUUGGCAACAAAAACACUCCUUCAAUUGUGUGCACGGAUGCCACGUCAAUAUUCUCCUUACUCUUGGAAGAUGAUCAGGCGGCUAUGCUUCUGCUGGAGGUUCUUUUCAAUCCAUUCACCGCUGGUACCAAGAAUUCCACCAUAAGCAGGUCUUCCGCAGAGCAGCUGAUCCAGAGCAUCUUAGAGCACGCAGUGGACGUAACAGUGAGUGUUAAAGAUGAGUUAUAUAAGCCCCUACUCCUUUAUCGAACUGUCGUUUUGCCAAAAGCUACUUUCAAACCCCCACCUGUUUUACUUGUGCUAACAAAGCUUCUCACACUAAUAUCAUCUAAUAGUUUUCAAAACUCUCACACGGUCCAUCCAAAAGUGGUCCUCCAGACACUCCUGCAACAGCUGGCAAUCAUUACCAAUCAGAAGACUUCCAUGAAGGAUUCUCUGGCUGGCCUUACCGCUCUUUCAUAUCAGUAUAUGUUCGAAUUGGCACUGUUAUCUAGUGGUGCCUCUGUGUUAUGGAGAGACCUGCCUCCAAUAAUUGUUUCUUUCUGUGACAGACAAUGUAGCGCUCAAUUAUCUAAUCAAGCAAUUACAACGUUUAUUCGUCUGAUGCUCGACAUGCUAGGAUUUAUAUUUCUUCUUGCCUUGCGUGAUGACUCUUCUACGCAGGCCAAACAGUGCAGCUCCCAGCUGCUUAGUUUCUUCUUGUCUUUCUUCUCCAUUAUCUCCAAGAAUGUUCAGUUGCAAAUUCACAUUAUAUCUUUGCUUAGUCGUCUCUCCGGUGCAUUACAAUUGGCUAAGAAUAAUCACGCGGACGCUUCCGUAUCAUUAGAUACUUCAACAGGCCUCUUACAGGACAUUGACUCUUGCUUGCUGGACAUCUACAUCGGGACGAUUAGCAGCGUAAGCCCGUCUGUUUCUCUUCUCGAUGCAUCCUUAACAUCUCUUGCAGAACCCAUUCAGAACGGCCGGUUUCUUCCGGACUAUAUCGUUAAGCUAGGCCUCCUGCCAAAGCUGAAGGAUCUGCUCAGAACAACAGGAUCGCUUGCCUUGAUAAAGUCUGUCGUUCAAUUGUUUGUGCUCUUGGUUGACCGCUACUACGUAGAGUCACAAGUAUCCGUAGCAUCUCUGGCCGUGCAGCUUAACACCAUCAUGACCGUGAUAAUGAGCAUAGUGAUCUUCACUAGAGAUAGCACAGUGGCCGUGGGGAUAACCUCCAUACUUCUGCCAGCCAUGCGCGCGACCCUCCCACCCAUCGGGACAGUGUGGAAACACGGUAAUAAUAGUAUUAACAGGUCUGCAGGCCUUCUGAUUUGCAUUACAAGUCAAAAUGAGAAUAGACUUAGUUCCUUCUUCCGCGCUGUGCUCAGUCUAGGAGAUCAGCACAGAGUAAUUUUACGAGACCUCCAACGAGAAGUGCUGAGACGCCUGCACGGGUUUCUCUUCAACUUUCCCAAGUGCACUGCCAAUUGUCACGAUCAAGCAAGCGCUUCAGCCGAUGCUAUUCUAUUUUCUCACUUUUCAGAUACUACACUGGCACUUAUCUUUUUUAAUUUCUGCGGAUUGUCUAUCAUCCUGGCAGAUGAGCUAGGUGAUAACCGAGAUGAUGUAGUGCCUCUCUGUGUUUCUCAGAAAGAUCAGUGCCCCUGCAAUUUAAUAAACAGGAACAACACAGACGUUCCUAUUGAGCUAGAGCCGAAGGUCAAAUGCAAAGCCGUACCGCUUUAUGGCAAGCCUAACCGCUCUGAGGUUUUGCGACCCAAGGCAAGGUUUGUGCGGCAAACUAGACGCGGCCUUGAUACCACUACUUGCUCUGCAGAUUCUGCUGCAAAUAUGCUCCUAUCUAUUACACGCAUGCUUACAGACAUUCUUCCAAACAUUCUCCAGUGUACAGUACUGACAGAGUCUGCUGCAGCAUGGAUUGAAGCAUACAUUGCAAGCGAUGAGCAUAGAAAACUUUUCCAAACAUACGCUUUCCGUGUCAUCGCUCUGGGAGCAAGGAUACAUAUCCAUUGUCUCUUUGGUGCAGAGAAGGGUAAAGAGCUGAGUGGUUCCGGUGUACAUAUGACAGCGGGAAAUCUGCUUGAUCAGUACAGCAGCAUCAUGUCACUACUCUGCUUUAUGAUCGACGCAGCAGAUGUACACGUUAUUGAGCAUGUGGUUUCGUGUCUUACGCAGUAUGCUAGAUGGGAUCUAUUCUAUAGGGGGUCUGCGCAUAGUGGUGCACAGAGCCUUCACAUACUAUGUAAAGCAUACGCUAGAACCUGUGUUAGCUCAAGUAGGUUGCUGGUGCAAGCGGGAUAUUUAAAAGAGACGAGUGAGUUAGCCUAUAUUUGUGCCCACCUGAAUGAUGACAUGAGCAUGGCCUCCACAACUACCCGGUCUAUUGCCAAGCACUUAUACCUCUUGGCACUUGUGGCGCGGGGCUUCACCCAGUUCAGUGAAAAAGGUAAAGAGAAUAUUCGAGCUGUACUUAUAAGGAUCUUGCUUCCUCACCUUCACAACAAGGCGACAGAAGACGGGGUGCCUAUCGCUUACUCCACCCCAACAUCCUAUGUUCUUCGCCUUUUAGUAACAGUUAGAAUGGCGGCACCAGACCUGACUCACUUCCUAGCUGUGUGUCAAUAUACCCUUUUGGGUGCGCUUCCCCUUAUGGUCAUCCAAUCUACUGACGACGCUACUGCAAUGCUCGCUACCCUAAAAGCAGAUUGCUCUCAGCCCUCACUGCAUCCAUUGAUCGCAGAUGCACUUUUCUAUGCCACAGGGAAGUUCUUUGGUACCUUCAGCACAGACGAUAUUGCUUCUAGCGUUUGCUCCUCCAUUGUAUCAGAGGAUACAGAUUCAGACUCCAAAAUCUCUCUGGCAUCAUUGUCAGUCUCUACAUUGAAGUCACCGUCUUCCACGACAGACCAUGAACGACCGCUAGUGGGUGUGUACAUUUCUGCCAAGGUGGAGGAGAGACGUCUGCACAUCCAUAAACGCUUUGUGCAUACAAUACUACCAUACUGCCACAUAAUCCUCGGUAGGUAUUACUUUAGAGGCCUCUUCCCCUCCUCAUCAGACGACAGCAGUAUAACUACAAAGACCAUCGUGCACGUCCUUUACUGUGUGCGUCAGAUUAUUGCGAGCAAGCUCAUGCUUCCUGAAGGCAUAGUACCAAACCUUUUGGCAUUUCAGCUCACAGCAUGCUAUGCACACAAUAAGCCCUCAGCGAUGAUCAUCGUCUACGAAGAUGUCUUAGAUACUCUUACUCUAUCUCUAACGGUUUUUAAGCAGGUCAUGUGUGUUGUUGCUGUUGAGAAGGCGUUGCAACUACUCUUUACAACUGACGAGUGGAAGGCCCUUGUGCAAAGUAUUGCAGGCAAGGAUCAGGUGGAAGCCAUUCUUCAAUCCAUCCAGGUUCCCAUGGCAGUAGUUACAGAUUUAUAUAAUCUUCUGUUUCUUGAAAUUGAUGCAAUCGGGGUGCCUAAGCAGAGAGAUGCUGAUGCUCUAUUUAUCUCCACCGCCCUCAGUUGCCUGGAGUUGCCUAUUGAGCACGAUGAGGGUGAUUGGCACGACACUCUAUUAAGGCUUUUCUUUCUGGUCUACAUACUCAUCAAGCUCCCUCUUUGCAAGCACAAAAGCUCUUCGGCUGUAGGCACAGUUAUCCGACACUUCUCCAACUAUACUGUCCAUCAGUAUCAAAGGAUCUUACUUCUUGACAGCACUGGCGGGGAGACUCUUCUUCAUACAUUUGUUUAUGAUUUGUUCGCAUGCCUGGCAGAUUGCAUUGUUAAAUUAUUUACGUACUAUUUUAAUUAUACAGUGAAAGGAGAGAAAGAGGAGAUUGGGAAAGAGCCCCGUGGAAGCCCAGCCAUUGUGGACGACAUUGCCCAUGCAGUCGCGCAGAGUCUUGUGGAGCCAAGUGGGAGCCUCAAAGCGUUGAUAGAGAUAAGGGAUUCUAUGUCAUAG